ACUAUUGAACAUUUGUGUAUUUCUUACGGCAUUUCCAAUGACAUCAAGAUCAAAUUUCUCCUGGAAACCAAAAGGUUAAUAAUUUAUGAGCGAUAUCUUGGGUUUGGAAAGUAAUAAACUGGCUUCCAACAAUUUGCACGGUGUUUUCAAACAUAACAUUUAGUAUGCUAUGAUAUAUUCUUACGCUCUUCAUAUAGUCCUAUUGUACACUAAAUAUGCAGCUGUCGAUGGAGAACUUAAAAAGGGUGGUAAACAACGAAAAGUAGAAAUAAAUCCAUUUGAAGCGAGGGAAAGAAAAUGGAAAAACCAAAAGCAGUCUUGGCAUUUACCGUUGUACUUUGAUUAGUUCUGUAGCGACUAAAGUUGACUUAGUUGAACAAGGACAGAGAAGUGUAAAAAUUCAGCUUUAAAUCAUUCAGAAUAUUGCUAAAAAGAAUAUUUUACCCAAACCAAAAUGACGGUAAGUGACAAUGUCGCUGCGCCUGGUUUGGUAUUGUUUAUCGUAAUUUACACCUCAGUUUUCAUUUUAUCAACGGUUGGUAACACAUGGGUUUUGCUGACUUGCUACAAGACUUUAAAAAGAAGAUAUUCCCCGUUUAAGUGGUUAUUGGUGAAUUUAGCGAUGGCGGAUCUCCUGUUUACUCUUCUUUCCGUAUUUAACAUGAUCGGAUAUUUGUGGCGCUGGAUAGGUGGAAACAACACUUGUAAGCUUCAAGGAUUCUUUGUGGAGGCGAGCUAUACGACUUCCAUCAUGACACUUGUAACUAUUAGUUACCAAAGAUUAAAAGCUACCACAGAUCCAUUUAGUUCCAGAGCAAGAGACUGGUGCAGCAGAGAAUACCUUAAACCAGUUAUAAUUUGGGGAUUUAGCUUACUGGUCUGCACUCCUCUGCUGCAAAUCUACAGCAUAAAAACGGUAGACAGCAACGUUGCUUGUAUGACUACGAGAAAUGGAGUCACUGUCCCGCAGAUUUAUUACAGUUUGCACACGACAUUAUUCUUUGCGGCCCCGUUGUUUUACAUGAUUUUUACCCAAAUCCGAAUUCAUCUCGCUCUUCGCACAAGCGUUAGACCAACAAGCAAAUUGUUCACUUCGCGAGCACAGAGACGACACAAAAAGGCUACAAAGACACUUUCUGCACUAACUAUAGCAUUUGUGAUCUGUUGGUCUCCUUUCAUGGUCAAUCGGACGCUAAUAUACUUUCGUUUAGCACCAAAAGGACUCAUUUGGAGGGCAUCUCAACUUUUAAUCUUUCUCAAUACCGGAUUGGAUCCUUUGUUGUACGGUUUGUACGACGGAGACUUAAAGUCUUUACUACGAAGAGUUCUCUACAAGAACAGGGAUAACACAGUGACAUCUCUUUAUCAAAAUACAUUAGAGUGAAAGGUAUACUUGAAAACUUAAUCUGUUGGACACAGGGCAUGAGCCCGUGGCAGCCACGAAGGAGUGUUCCAUAAUCUACACGAUUCGCAGCGGGUAUUUUCUUUAAAGCUAAACAAGAGAAGGGAACAAAGAAAUAGGAAAUAAUUUUCCUGACAGUAUAAAUAUUUAAUUCAUACUGUCGUAUCUAUAAUACGUAAAGUACACACCAACAUCCUCAGGGAUUAAUUUUCUGCUGAAGAAACCUGGAAAUCCACUUGAUUCCUUUUACUUGUAGGAACAAAAAGUUGACAAGACACACCAUCAGUAAGAGAGGAAAAGCUGAGAAAAGCAACCGGCGUUGAAUGAAAAGUUCUUUUGGAUAUUUCGAUCAAUUUGCCAUGCUUGCUACCUCUCAAAUAUUUGCACAAACUUUCAUUUUGAUAGAAAUGUGCCCUUCUGAAUUCAGCCAAGUUAUAUAUUUUAUAUGCGAAAGAUAAAUUAACAAAAACAGAUAAACAAAAUAGAAUAAGACGGAGCAAGUUCAGCCAGAAGAAGUGA